GCACAACGAGAGUCUGUCACCUUCCAAGGUGAAGCGACAGGAGACGAUGUCUCCAUCCGGGGCGUCGUCUGCGGCAAGCGCCAUUGCCGGCAGCCCCAGGCUCCUCCGACGGCUUGUGGCGUUCCAGCCGACACUGGCUUUUGCUCCGCAGGACAGCUUGGAUUACGCAGUCAGGGACAGCCAUUGCGUGUUGAUCGGGCCUGCCGUACCAGGUGCCGACGAUGGCGACAUCUCCAUGUCGGCGGUUGCGCUAGAGGUCAGCGGUUCCUGCAUUGAACGCUUCCGUGACGCGCUCGGCAACAUUGUCACCGUCGACCCGGUGGUGGGUGCGGCCAUCCAGUCGACAAGGCCUCUUGCACGUCUGUCGCAGCUGUCCUACGUGCAGCUGCAUACGGAUGGACUGGCGAAUGUGGUGGUGGAACCCACUGAUCGGUUCAUCGAGCUCGGCCCUCAUGACGUGCGGAUACUGCCCAAUCCACCUGUUAACGACAACCCCAACGUCGCCAACCUCGCCCCGACGCUCAUGGUCCCGUACGGCACGUUCACUGAGUACGUCGGCAACGGGGAGACGUACAAGAAGGUGGACGCCAUGAUCGCCGUCCAAGACGUUUCCGGACCGGUGCCUUUGCCUUUCAAGGUAUCCCUGAAGGCGCGUGCUGCUGCCCUUCCUUCCGCGAUGGAGCGACUGCUGCAGAGCGCAGCCUCCCAGCAGCUGCCACUGUACGCGAACGGGUUCCAUGAGCGCAAGAACCCCACGUACGGAGGAACCAUGUGGAUCAACAACACCUACUUCUUCGGCGCCCCCGUUACGCGCCGGGUUCAGCCAUUCCUGGAGAGGGCUAACGCCGCCAUCGCUGCUGCGGGUAACCCUGUCCCGGUUGCGUGGACGAGCCGCCUGGCGCAGGAGUGGGACGCAACCAUCGAGUCGGCACUUCCGCAAGACGGAGUGAUGGAGAACGCCUCCGUCCAGCCUCUGAUCGUCAGGCCCGUGCUUGGCGAGGCCCACGUUUUCCCGAUGGCCCUCACUCACCAGGGUCGCCACUACGCGGUGUACGCUGACACCCUGGAUGUCCUCCGCCACGUCCCCGGUUACGUCCAGGAGUUCGGCGACGUCGACAUUUCGGAGGUGCCGCAGCGGUCCCUGUCCCGCUUCCUGCAGGAGCCGUUCGAUCUGCAUGUCGACGUGGAUAUCCGGACCAUUGACCGCCACACCCGGAUCGUCCGCAUGACGCCGCGAUAGUAGGGUAGUUGAUUGAUGCCCGUGCGGUCGUUAUGUUUGUCUCGGCAGGGACAACUACAUGCGGAGUACCAUGAAGUGCGGGGCAGUGUUGCGUCAGGUGUCGCUGACAUGUCGAAUGGUCCCUUCUGGAUGGAUUGCUGUUGUCGUACACACUGCUAUCCCCACCGUCUGUACGGUAUAAGAAAUGGAAUGUUGGUGUGGCCGUGUUGAUAAGAAAUGGAAUGUUUUGGUGUGGCCGUACAUGUUGCUGUCUUUCCGUACAUUCUGCUGUGUCUACCGACCGCAUGUGCCUAUAGGAAAUGGACCGAAUGACAAGAUGCGUCGGUGGUGCAUGUGAUGUGCUGCGUCGUUGCCUGAUGCGUAUGCCCAUACUAUCGUUUCAAUACAUUGUCUCCGUAAGGACUGCCGUUUGGGGAUAUUGGAUACGUUUGCAUUCGAACGUUGUUAUUCGAUCGCAGCCCUUGCAUGCCGUUUUUUUCUUACUUUCUGUGGGUCGGUGAGGUCGCACCUGCUGCUAUCCUUCUGUACAUUCUGCUUUCUGUGUCGUUGACGGUUGAAUGGAUGACAUGGGGCACCGAUGAUAUGGGUGACAUAGACCGUCACAGCAUGAUAGCAGCUCCAUCACGCAAUAGGUCUGUACGGGUUGCAUGAACUGGACAGCAAUUGCCACAC